AUGGCUGAGCAUCAAGAAGAUGUUAGCGACAGAGCUACAACGACCGUGGUCUACGACAAGGAUGAGGAAAAAUAUUCAGCUGCAAUCGACACCCUGAAGGGCGCUCAGAGAGCGACUGACGAUGAGCAUGGGAUGACUCUCAGAGAGGGUAUUCGAAAGUACCCCAAGGCCGUAUUCUGGUCAAUCUUGUUCUCAACGGCACUUAUCAUGGAAGGAUUCGACCACGCGUUCGUCAGCGGUUUCUUUGCCUUUCCAGCCUUCCAAAAACGAUACGGCGAGCUACAGAGUGAUGGCUCCUACCAAAUCCCUGCCGACCUACAAUCUGGUAUCAGCAACGGUGUCAAUGCCGGAGAAAUCAUUGGUCUCUUGAUCAACGGAUUCGUUGCCGACUGGAUCGGUUACCGCUGGGUCAUGAUGACCUGUCUCAUGCUCAUGACGGCUUUUAUCUUCCUUCAGUUCUUUGCCACGAGUAUCUAUAUGUACAUGGGAGCUGAGAUCUUAUUGGGUGUGCCGUGGGGUGUCUUCCAGACUCUUUCUACUACAUAUGCUGCCGAGGUGUGCCCUAACGUCUUGCGACCGUACCUCACAAUGCUGGUUUCUCUCUGCUGGAGUAUCGGCUACCUCCUGGGUACUGGUGUACUACGAGCUUUCCUUUCCUCAACUGGACAGUGGGCCUACAGAAUUCCAUUUGCGCUUCAAUGGAUUCUACCUAUCCCGCUUGCGAUCGGUAUCUUCUGCGCCCCCGAGUCGCCAUGGUGGCUUACACGCAAGGGCCGAAUGGACGAUGUACGAAAGUCUCUGCGCCGUCUACGAUCCAAUGAUAGCUCGGAAGCCGAGAUUGAGGAUACAAUUGCGAUGAUGGAACACACUAUCAAGAUCGAGAACGAGAUGAAGGCUACAAGCAACUACUGGGAUCUCUUCAAGGGCGUGAACCUGCGUCGCACCGAGAUCACCGUGUUCGUUUAUCUCAUUCAAGAACUUUGCGCACCACUCGUAUCUUACAUUGUGUACUUCUUGGAGCAAGCUGGUCUUGCCUCUGCCGCCUCUUUCGAUUUUGGCAUGGGAGAAUAUGCCUUGGCUAUUGUUGGCGUGUUCAUUGCCUGGUUCUUAGUACCAAAGGUUGGCCGUCGCACGCUGUUAUUGACCGGUACUGGAUUCUUGACAUUAACUACUUUCGUCAUUGGCUUCUUGGGCAUUCCAAGCAUAUCUACCCAUCCAAACAUUGGUUAUGGAAUCGGAAGCAUUCUCUUAAUUCAAUACUUUGUCCUCUUUAUCACGAUCGGUCCUAUCAUCUAUACUAUCGUGACUGAGAUUCCUUCUAACUUCCUUCGAACCAAGAGUGUUGCUCUGGCGCGUGCGGUAUACAACAUUGGUGUCCUUGUUUAUGGACAGCUUAUCCCGCACAUGGUUCAGAAUGCGGCUUGGGACUGGGGAGCCAAGAGUGGCUUUUUCUGUGGAGGUAUUAUGGCCCUUGGUUUUAUUUGGGCUUAUUUCCGUCUUCCAGAGACUAAGAACCGAACAUUCGCUGAGAUGGAUAUUCUGUUCAAGAAUGAAGUCAAGGCUAGGGACUUUGAGAAGACAAAGGUGGAUCUCGCAUCCGAGACUGUCUCGCAAGAGUGA